GAAAAUCAUUGAAAAAAAUACAAUUCUGAAUGAAAAUCAGUUUUUGUAUGUGUUAUAGAAAUAACUGCUAAAACAGUUUUCUUUGCAUUUGAGUAGUUUAAGAGAUUUGACCCCCCCCACACACACACACACACCAAAAAAAGGGGGGGGGGAAAGUGAUAAUAAUGAUAAAUAAAUAAAUAAAAUUUCUGGCUCCGUGGCGACCUUCACGUCGGGGAGUUCCGGCAAGAAAUUCUAGCCACUUUCACCCCUGGUUAUAUUACGUCAGAAACUCGUUCAGUAAGCGUCCGUUCCGAACAGAGUACCACGUACCGAAACGGUUCAAUACUAUUACAUGUACAAUUACACCCUUAUAGACAAACUAUAAAAACUAUAUAGAAGGUAUGUACAAAUUAUCAACGACUUAAUUAAGUACAAGUGGAAACAACAUCAUUGCAGAUCGGCACUAUGUCUGAACAUACAAAAAUGAGUCACUGUCCUUAGCCUACAGUAUGCUUAAAGCAGGGGCGCUGCCAAAUAUUUUGAGCCCCAUGAAAAGAUAUCAAUUUGGGGCCCACCAAAAGUGCCGACACACACACGCACACACACACACACACACACACAUUUAGAGUAUCAACUACGUAAUUUCCUGCAUUCUGGUGAAUCUUUGCACACUAAUUUGUGCAUUUUCUGCAUUAAUUUAAGAUGAAAAUAUAUUUAUGUAAACAUACAGCGUAUAGAGCAAUAAUGAAUGGAUUGAUAUCAUCUAUAAGAAAUGUACUGAAGGCCAUCUUUUACAAUCUAAAUAUAUUUUUAUUUGAAAUAUUCCCAAAGCAAAUACCAUAAUGAAUGACUUAGAAUAAAUGUUUUGUUUGAACUUAACUACACUACAGUCAAGGGUGUAGGUUUGCAUAGGGACGGUUGGGACAAAACACUACCAACUUUUCAGGAUGCUUAAUUUUUAAGCAACCUUAUUUGAGUUAUGUAAUGACUUCAGUUAUAUAGGUCAUUUAUAUUGUCUUCCCAUAUGUUUUAAUUGUUGUAAUUGACCCCACCAUUAUUAAGUGAAUUAUUUUUAUUAUGUUUGGAUUUACAUGUACAUCUUUUCACUUGCUGAAUGUGCCGGUCCAUUUUUUCUUCCUAAACGCACAUUUGAUUGGCUGAUGAUUUAACCCUCACGCACACCCACAUUAGAUAUUAGGGAUAUGAGAAGGUUUUUUUUCAGCCAGCAGUAGCCACUGCUAGAAAUGUAAAAAGACAUUGUUUUGAAAGUGGGGAACACACCAAUAAUUUUGCUACUCAGACAUUCGAAGGCGAAGGACGCAUUUUCUGCGUCCUGUAUGGUAUACUGGGGACGGGUUUCAAUAAGCUUCGGCUUCUCCCGUCAGCCCUUUUCUUUUCGGAUUGAAUUAAUUGUAAACACAUAUAAAUGCUGUAUGUUUGUUUGGAUUUGUCAUGCCUGAAGGGAAAAUAAAAUAAAUAAAUACUGUAGGUCCAACCUGCAUCAGUGUUAGCAUAACAUUAAACUGUGUGAACUUGCUAACCUGCAAAAACUCUAGUAGGAAGCUGCUUCGAGAGAAGUGUCCUUCUCUUUGUGUUUUCUACUGUUAACAAUAAAAUAAACUGUGAGAAAUGUAGUAACCUCUGCUGGCAACGAUAGAACUAGAAAAACAUUAGCAAGAAGCUGCUUAGAGAGAGAGGUGCUGCAUUACCUCGUACGUUGCUCACACAACAUCCACACAACAAUCAUAAUUAAUUAUGUACAUUAAAAAAAAAAAAAGUAUUUGGGGUGGGGGUGCCGCGGGCCACUCACACUAGCAUUGUGAUUAGCCACGUUUACAUGCUGACUUUUAUUCAUUCCGAUUCAAAUAAUUCCGAAUGGAAAUUUCAGAUCAGCUGUUUACACGUCACUUCAUCUAUUCCGAUCCAGCGUUUACAUGUGUCUGCCUUUAUUCCGAAAGGACGUUUGACAACUGCCGUCUGACAUGCGCAGAUUAAUCAAAACAAAGCGUCACGUUGCAAAACAUGGAGAUCGAUCGUCAGAGUGCUGCUGUUUUAACUUUAACCCACUUGUUGUGUUUGUGGGGUCGUAUCCGCUUCUGCUGUUUUACUCUUUUGCCUUGUAGUAGCCGCUUGUCCGCGUUUUCCACCGGUUCCUAAUCUGGUUAACGCUCCGGUCUAUUCCGGCUUCGUGUAACCUCUCGUGAACUUUUUUAAAUAGUUCACUGCACGUUUACAUGGAGCCAAAUAUUCCAAUUACAAUCGGUUUAGAUGUUCAAACCGAAAAAAUGUGUUCCAUAUAAACACCUCAUUCGGAAUGAACAGGCCCAAACCGAAUGGAAUUUCAUUCCGAUUCACAGGAGUGGAAUAUUCCUAUUCCCAAACCGAUUAGAAGUAAAAUUAUAUCAUGUAAACAGGGAAGCGGAAUGGUGUCUGGUUGCGUUCUUUCUGCACAUGCUCCGUACUGACGUGGUGACGUCACUUGGUGACGUAAGUAACGUCACUUGCAACAUGGCUUCCAAGCACAGCGCACCUAAUUGGAGUCCGGCCGAAAGUUUGUAUUUGAUUCAAACUUUAAAAGAAUUUAAUAUAAUUGCUCGCUUGGACGGGCGUAAGACGAGGAACAGAGAACUAUUUAAAAAAGUUCACGAGAAGUUACAGGAAGCCGGAAUAGACCGGAGCGUUGACCAAAAAAGAAACCGGUGGAAAACGCUGAAAACCGGCUACCACAAGGCAAAAGAGAAAAACAACAGAAGUGGAUACGACCCCACAAACUUUCCGUACUUCGAGACGAUGGACGAAGUGAUGGGAGGACGACCACUGGCCAACAUCGAUGUCCACGGCGUGGACGUGGGUUUUGAGGAGGAACUGUGUGAUGGGGACAGUUCUUCUCUGAACGCUGCUCCGGACGCUGAAACUAACGUUUGCAUAUCUGCGCUACAGCUGCCUGUUAUGUUUAACAACGAACACAACAGCAUGGAGGGGGCCGAGGAGAAUACAGAGGCUAGUGAGGACAGCACCUCCCAGACCAGCGAUUCGACUGUGCCACGGGCUGUAAAAAAGAAAACCCAAUCAAAGCCCACAUCUAGCUAUGAGAGAGCCUUGCUCACUUGGUCUGCUCAUCAGCAGGCCUUUAUGGAGAGAAUGCAAGCAUCUCAAAAUCAGUAGUACGAGCAACAGCGGGUGGAAAGUCAUCGGCAGGAAGAGAGAAUGCUCUCGAAAUUCCUUGAAGAAAGUUCACGCUCUAAUGAGCGACUCUUGGGGCAUCUGUUUGACGGUCUUCGGGCUAUCCUCCCACAUUCCUCACAGGCACCCUCACAUGCACAAUUUCAGCAUCCUCAUACUCACUCAUACUCACGGCCACCAUAUGCAACACCCCAGCAUCCUUAUCCACAGUCCACACACCCAUACUCAUACUCACAGCCCCAACAUUUCAAUCCACGGCCAGAUGACUCAGAAUACACCCUACAAGACCUUGAUUAAUCACUACAGUUAAGAUGACAAAUGAGCGAAUUUCCCCAAGAAAGUUCAAAACGGGUCAAUAUUUUUGUUUUCGAAAUAAAUGUUAAACGUUUUAAUUAUGUAAAUAUAUUGUGAAAAAACUUAUGUUUACUUCAAAAAAUGUCGCCUUUUAAAGACAUGAUUUCAGGGUAGUCUGAGUCCACUUCAACAAGAGAGCUCAAACAAGUUAAUAUUUUUUCUUUACAAGAAAGGCUGUUCAGAAAUGUUAUGAGUUCUAUGUUGAACAAACAUGUUAACUUUAAAUAUGUCCGCUGUUAAAGACAUUAACAUUUUUUUUCUUUAAGAAAAAACACUGGAGUUGUGUUUGUGGCUACUGUAACAAUUUUUCUAUUACCGAAGUUGAACAAACCUAUGUUUACUUGAAAUAUGUCUGCUUUUUAAGACAUAAACCUCAAACAAGUUAAUAUUUUUUCUUUACAAGAAAGGCUGUUCAGAAAUGUUAUGAGUUCUAUGUUGAACAGACAUGUUAACUUUAAAUAUGUCCGCUGUUAAAGACAUUAACAUUUUUUUUCUUUAAGAAAAAACACUGGAGUUGUGUUUGUGGCUACUGUAACAAUUUUUCUAUUACCGAAGUUGAACAAACCUAUGUUUACUUGAAAUAUGUCUGCUUUUUAAGACAUAAACCUCAAACAAGUUAAUAUUUUUUCUUUACAAGAAAGGCUGUUCAGAAAUGUUAUGAGUUCUAUGUUGAACAAACAUGUUAACUUUAAAUAUGUCCGCUGUUAAAGACAUUAACAUUUUUUUUCUUUAAGAAAAAACACUGGAGUUGUGUUUGUGGCUACUGUAACAAUUUUUCUAUUACCGAAGUUGAACAAACCUAUGUUUACUUGAAAUAUGUCUGCUUUUUAAGACAUAAACCUCAAACAAGUUAAUAUUUUUUCUUUACAAGAAAGGCUGUUCAGAAAUGUUAUGAGUUCUAUGUUGAACAGACAUGUUAACUUUAAAUAUGUCCGCUGUUAAAGACAUUAACAUUUUUUUUCUUUAAGAAAAAACACUGGAGUUGUGUUUGUGGCUACUGUAACAAUUUUUCUAUUACCGAAGUUGAACAAACCUAUGUUUACUUGAAAUAUGUCUGCUUUUUAAGACAUAAACCUCAAGUUAAUAUUUUUUCUUUACAAGAAAGGCUGUUCAGAAAUGUUAUGAGUUCUAUGUUGAACAAACAUGUUAACUUUAAAUAUGUCCGCUGUUAAAGACAUUAACAUUUUUUUUCUUUAAGAAAAAACACUGGAGUUGUGUUUGUGGCUACUGUAACAAUUUUUCUAUUACCGAAGUUGAACAAACCUAUGUUUACUUGAAAUAUGUCUGCUUUUUAAGACAUAAACCUUUUUUAUUUAUUCCUGUAAGAGAAACAUGUUAGCAGACGAAUUGUGCUGCCUUGUGUUAGGUCUUUUUUAAAGCGUGGAACAUUUAAACAAAACAAUAAAAAGUUUGUUGCUACUUAAAAAAUAAUUUAGUAUCGAUUGUACCAAAGUCACGUCCCUUCCAGUGGAGCUCAUGGAACCUUACAUCGGUAGGCAGUGAAUAAUGAUAUGAUCUUUAGGUCCUGUUUGAAAUUUGACAUUAACCAAAAGAUAGUAUGCUCUCCUCAUUCAUAUUAAUUCCAAUCUAAGGUACCAUGAGCUCCACCGAAAGGGGCAUGACUUCGGCACUAUGAACAGUUGACUUGAGAAUUGCACAGUGGUCCUUUUA